AUGGCCAAACCCGAAGAGGAUGAAUGGGAGUACGAGUACGACGACAAUGAGACAGAAGAUUUCUAUAUCCCGCUCGACUUGUCCAAUGUCCCCUCUGCGCAAAUUCCCAUGGUCUCGCAGGGUAGACCGGGUCACCCAACUUUACUCAAGAGCAGAUUGCGUGCGCUGAAUGCAGCGCGAGGUCAACCAGCUGAAUUCGCUGCCAACAACAAUAACGAUGUGCAAGAGACGGCUACCAUGGGAGAAGUCCAAGUCGUCGGCCUUCACACAUCGAAUCCACUGAUCAUGUAUAACGGCCAGUUACUAAGUUGCCAUUGGACGUCGACCAUCGGAACCGACAUGUUUUUCGUGAAGCCAGAUGUGAACGCUUCGACUCAAUCACAGGUCCUGCGGUCUCUGCCAUCAGUCGACUUGUUGGCUCUGGGAUCCGCAAAGCUGGUAGCAAAGGUUGGACGUCUGCGACCGCGCGAUGAUCUUGUCGACAACGCUGGCGAUGCAGAACAGGCGACUGAGGUCACGCAUACUCCAGGCGAUGACCAGAACGCUGCGAGGAACAUCCCGACCACUGCGAACACUCAGACUGCUACAAGUAACCAGGGCUCAUCCGCGUCCUCGAGCUUUCUCGCCAGGCUGAAUGAAGCCAAAGCAAAGAGAGGGGAGAAGUCGCGCUUGGUAAUCGCGAAAACGUCAGAAGGCUCGCAUCUGGUGGCAGAGAAGGCAGUGAUAGGCUCUGCUGGUGCAGACUCUAGCACGUCGAAAACACAUGAUGACUCGCCCAUGGGUGGCACAUGA